GUCUGCUGUUCUUUUUUCCUUUCUUUCUCCCCACGCCUCGCUCUCGAUCUCCUCUCCUCCCCUCGCGGCCCCGCCUCGUCUUCCUCUCGCUUUGCCCGCUCGGAGCUAGACUCGAUCGCAUCGUGUCACAUCCGAGGGAGGCAAAACCCUAGGCAGAUCCCUCCCAGGCCUACCGCGACCUUCCGCCCCCGGAGGAGAUGCAGGGCGGCAACCACAUGCUCCUCGAGGAGCCCGUCCGCCUCGCCUCCGUCCUCGCCCCCGCCAAGCCCAAAGUUUUCCCAUCCCUCACUAAGAUUGUUGGGACGCUUGGGCCCAACUCGCACUCAGUCGAAGUGAUUGAAGAAUGCCUCACUGCUGGGAUGUCAGUUGCGCGGUUUGAUUUCUCUUGGAAGGAUGCUACUUAUCAUCAGGAGACCCUUGACAAUCUGAGGAAAGCCGCACAGAAUGUGAAGAAGUUAUGUCCUAUAAUGCUGGAUACAGUGGGUCCAGAAAUUCAGGUUCACAAUUCAACUGGUGGAGCAAUCGAGUUGAUAGGGGGGAAUCAUGUCACAAUAACACCAGAUCUUUCUAAAGCUCCUUCGGCUGAUAUCCUACCAAUUAAAUUUGGCGAUCUUGCAAAAGUUGUGAAGAAGGGUGAUACUCUUUUCAUUGGUCAAUAUCUUUUCACAGGAAGUGAAACAACAUCUCUAUGGCUUGAAGUUACGGAGACUUCUGGUGCAGAAGUGAUUUGUUACGUGAAGAACACAGCUACACUGUCGGGGCCCAUUUUCACUCUACAUGUUUCACAAGUACAUAUCAGUAUGCCCACUUUGAGUGAAUAUGAUAAACAGGUCAUAUCAACAUGGGGGCUGCAAAACAGUGUUGACAUUAUAUCGCUUUCCCAUACCCGCUCUUCUGAGGAUGUCAGGGAGCUUAGAGCCUUUUUAAAAUCUCAUGAUCUUCAAGACACACAGAUAUAUGCGAAGGUUGAAAAUGCUGAGGGUUUGGAACAUUUUGAUGAAAUUCUCCAAGAGGCGGAUGGUAUCAUCAUAUCGCGAGGAGACCUGGGAAUUGACCUCCCACCAGAGAGAGUAAAUUUUGGUCUUCCUCAAAAUACCCAAUUUUUGCACCUUGUGUUCAUGUCCCAAAAGACUGGUAUUCAUAAAUGCAACAUGGCCGGCAAAUCUGUGAUCAUUACUAGAGUUGUGGACAGCAUGAUUGACAAUCUGCGCCCUACUCGCGCAGAAGCUACUGAUGUUGCAAAUGCUGUCCUAGAUGGAACUGAUGGCAUUUUGCUCGGUGCGGAGACACUUCGAGGGCAGUAUCCUGUUGACGCUGUGCGCACUGUGGGCAGAAUAUGUGCAGAAGCUGAGACCGUGUAUAACCAGUCACUUCACUUCAAGAAAGUAGUGAGGCAUGUAGGUGAACCAAUGGCCCAUGAAGAAUCUGUGGCAUCAUCAGCGGUUCGUUCUGCAAUGAAAGUAAAAGCUGCUGCAAUUGUUGUGUUCACCUUCUCGGGGAGAGCUGCUAGGUUAAUUGCUAAAUACAGGGCCCCAAUGCCAGUUUUAGCAGUUGUGUUCCCACGCGAGGGCUCUGAUCCAUCGAAGUGGCGUUCUUAUGGCACGACACAGGCGAGGCAAUGUUUUUCUGUGAGAGGUGUCUACCCUUUGAUGGGGAGUACUGACGAGGCUGAAACUGGUGGGCUCACCAAGGAAGAAUACGGGAUAAAACUUGCACUGAACUAUGGCCGGUCAGUCGGCAUAAUAAAGCCAUACGACAGGGUGAUUAUUUUUGAAAAGAUCGGUGAUUCUUCUGUUGUCAAGAUCAUCGAGUGCGACGAUUCUGAAAGAUGAAUGACCCUUCUCAGGCAAUAGUUUCAACUAUACGCCUGAGAUUGCCUCCUCUUUUUGUUCUCCAUUCACUUUGACCAGAGAUAAAAGAGUAGUAUAGCACGACAAGGUUGUCCUGUUUAGCACCUUGGUAUUUUAGAUUUACAUACUUGUUGCCCUAAUAAAGUGAAGAGAUCAUUCACUCAAACAUCCAAGUUUUGGACAAAAUUAUAGGAUUGUUGAGAUAAUACCUAUGAGUGAUUCCUAGCUUGUAUUUCAUGUUACAUCAUAUGCUAUAUGACAUAUUAUCUGCUAUUACCUUGCA